CAAAGAUGGCGGCCGGCGGGUUGUGCGCGAGGAGCAGCAGAGAACUCUGGACCAUUCUGCUGGGCAGAUCGGCUUUGAGGGAACCUCUGCUGCAGCACUGGAAUGGUAUAUGUGCAAAGGUGGUUCCCUUUCUGGAGCGGACACAAGUGCUGCUUUCCAGACUGGCUGGCUUGGGUUAUUCAUGAGUGGAGCAGCCUGCUUCCUUACUCCCUGGGAUGGAGUCCAUGAUAACAAGAAUAUCCCCAGAGGCUCAGAUUGCAGCAGAGCUGAACAAGCAUUGGCAGAGGCUACUAGAGGGGCUUUCAUACUACAAACCUCCCAGUGCAAGUUCAGCCGAAAAAGUAAAAGCUGAUAAAGAUGUGGCUGCUCCACUGAAGGAACUGGGCCUGAGGAUCAGCAAGUUUUUGGGGCUGGAUGAAGAGCAAAGUGUGCAGCUAUUGCAGUGUUAUCUUCAAGAGGAUUACAGAGGGACCCGGGACUCACUUAAGACUGUCCUGCAGGAUGAAAGGCAGAGUCAGGCUCUGAUGCUGAAGCUUGCUGACUAUUACUAUGAAGAAAGAAUGUGCAUUCUGCGCUGUGUCCUCAACCUACUCACUUAUUUUCAGGAUGAGAGGCACCCCUACAUGGCACAAUACUCGCAGUGUGUUGAGAAGCUGGACAAGGAACUGGUUCCUAAUUACCGGAAACAGUUUGAAGAUCUAUACAAAGCAGAAGCUCCUACAUGGGAAACACAUGGAAAUCUCAUGACAGAGCGCCAGGUGUCCCGCUGGUUUGUGCAGUGCCUCCGCGAGCAAUCCAUGCUUCUGGAAGUCAUCUUCCUUUAUUAUGCAUACUUUGAGAUGGCACCUGAUGAGCUGCUGAGCUUUACCAGGCUUUUCAAAGAACAGGGAUUUGGCUCUAGACAGACCAACAGGCAUUUGGUGGAUGAAAGCAUGGAUCACCUGGUGGAUCGUAUUGGCUACUUCAGUGCUCUUAUCCUGGUGGAGGGCAUGGAAAUUGACUCCCUGCAUGAACGUGUGUUGGAUGAUAGGACGGAGGAACAUAAAUUUGCCAGUAAUGGGCGUAUGCACAAGGAAAUGGACCAUCUGCUGCUGACUUUAGGGGACAUCUCUCAUCAUGCCCCUGUGCUCUUGGCCUGGGCUUUGCUCCGUCACACAGUAACCCCAGAGGAGUCGACCAAUGCGAUCAGGCGAAUGGGAAGUACUGCUAUCCAGCUGAAUAUAUUCCAGUACUUGACAAAGCUGCUACGAUCACUCAGCAGUGGGGGGAAAAAUUGUACUGCCAGCACAGCUUGCAUGUGUAUUUAUGGGCUGCUUUCCUUUGUUCUGACCUCUCUGGAAUUACAUACGUUAGGCAAUCAGCAGGACAUCAUUGAUGCAGCCUGUGAAGUUCUAGCAGCUUCCAGCAUUCCACAGCUCUUCUGGAGGACGGAGCCAACUGCAGGUCUGGGUAUUAUCCUGGACAGUGUGUGUGGGAUGUUCCCACAUCUUCUCUCUCCUCUUCUGCAGCUGCUCAAAGCCCUUGUAUCGGAUAAAUCUACUGCAAAAAAGGUGUACAGUUUCCUGGAUAAAAUGUCCUUCUACAUUGAGUUGUACAAACAUAAGCCUCCUGAUGUGAUCUCGCAUGAAGAUGGCACCCUUUGGAGAAGACAGGUGCCAAAACUUCUCUAUCCCCUGGGACUGGGCCAGACAAACCUACGAAUACCUCAGGGAACAGUGGGCCAGGUGAUGCUGGAUGACCGGGCAUACUUAGUACGAUGGGAAUAUUCCUACAGCAGCUGGACAUUGUUCACCUGUGAAAUUGAGAUGCUGCUCCAUGUUGUAUCGACAGCAGAUGUGAUUCAGCACUGCCAGAGGGUCAAGCCAGUCAUUGACCUGGUUCACAAGGUCAUCAGCACUGAUGUGUCAAUAGCAGAUUGUCUUCUGCCAAUCACAUCACGGAUCUACAUGCUGUUACAGAGGUUAACAAGUGUGAUCUCUCCCCCAGUGGAUGUUAUUGCUUCUUGUGUCAAUUGUUUGACUGUAUUGGCUGCCCGCAUGCCAGCUAAGGUCUGGACUGAUCUUCACCACACAGGGUUCUUGCCAUUUGUUGCCAAUCCAGUUUCCAGUAUGAGUCACAUGAUUAGUGCUGAGGGAAUGAAUGCUGGGGGCUAUGGAAAUCUGUUGAUGAGCGUGGAACAGCCUCAGGGCGAGUAUGGUGUCACCAUCUCCUUCCUACACUUGGUCACAACUCUUGUCCGUGGACAACUUGGCAGCACCCAGAGCCAAGGGCUGAUGCCCUGCAUUGUGUUUGUGCUGAAGGAAAUGUUACCAAACUACCACAAAUGGCGCUAUAACUCCCAUGGAGUGAGAGAACGAAUUGGGUGCCUAAUCCUGCAGCUCAUCCAUGCUAUUCUGAAUCUCUGCCCGGAAAUGGAUCCUCACAGCAGCAAUGCUCCAAGCCUGCAAUCCUUGUGCAUCUUCAGCCUGGCCAACACAGAAGCAGGACAGGCUGUCAUUAACAUCAUGGGCAUUGGUGUGGACACCAUUGAUAUGGUAAUGGCCUCACAGUCCUGUAGUAAUACUCACUCACUGGAGAAUUUCAAGGGAAUUGCACGCAUUGCAGAUUUGUGGAACGAUGAGUCACUGGGCCAGGGCCAGCUACUGAUCCAGACAGUAAAACUGGCAUUCUCUGUCACCAAUAACGUCAUCCGGUUGAAAUCCCCUUCUAGCGUGGUAUCCCCACUAGAACAGGCACUUACUCAGCAUGGUGCUCAUGGGAACAAUCUGAUUGCUGUCUUAGCCAAAUAUAUCUACCACAAACAUGACCCAGCACUGCCACGCCUUGCCAUCCAGCUGCUCAAACGACUUGCUACGGUAGCUCCAAUGUCUGUUUACGCCUGCCUUGGGAGUGAUGCUGCUGCCAUUCGUGAUGCCUUUUUGACCCGCCUGCAGAGUAAGAUUGAGGACAUGCGCAUUAAAGUCAUGAUCCUGGAGUUCCUCACGGUUGCUGUAGAGACACAGCCUGGGCUCAUUGAGCUCUUCCUGAACCUGGAAGUGAAAGAUGGGAGUGAUGGGUCAAAGGAAUUCAGCUUAGGGGAAUGGAGUUGCCUCCAAGUGGUCUUGGAACUGAUAGACUCCAAACAGCAGGAAAGAUACUGGUGCCCUCCCCUCUUGCACCGGGCUGCUAUUGCUUUCCUUCAUGCCCUGUGGCAGGACCGUCGGGAUAGUGCCAUGCUGGUCCUGAGGACCAAGCCAAAGUUUUGGGAAAACUUAACCAACCCCCUCUUUGGGACCCUUUCUCCCCCCUCAGAAACAUCAGAGCUCAGCGUCUUGGACACUUGUGCCUUAAUCAUGAAAAUCAUCUGCCUGGAGAUCUACUAUGUGGUCAAGGGCUCACUAGACCAAUCCCUGAAAGACACCCUGAAGAAGUUCUCCACAGAAAAGCGCUUUGCUUACUGGUCAGGAUAUGUGAAGUCAUUGGCAUUGCAUAUGGCAGAGACAGAGGGUAGCAGCUGCACUUCCUUGACAGAGUAUCAGAUGCUGAUCUCGGCCUGGCGGAUGCUGCUAAUUAUCUCCACCAGUCAUGCAGAUAUAAUGCAUCUGACUGAAACUGCAGUCCGGCAGCAACUGUUUUUGGAGGUGCUAAGUGGGACCAAAGCUUUACUGCUGGUCCCCAUGUCGGUGUUGUGCCUGCAGCUGGGGUCCAUGCUGUGCACCCUUCUGCUGAUCCUGCUUAGACAGUGGAAGAGCGAGUUGGGUUCUGUGGAUAAAAUCAUAAACUCCUUGACGCAGAUUCUGGAGGGAGUGCUGCAGGCAGAUCAGCAGAUGAUGGAGAAGACCAAGGCUAAGGUGUUCUCUGCUCUCAUCACUGUUCUGCAGAUGAAGGAGAUGAAAGUGAGCGAGAUCCCUCAGUACUCCCAGCUGGUGAUGAGCGUGUGCGAGACCCUCCAAGAUGAAGUAAUUGUGCUCUUUGAUCGGACACGACACAGCCUCACGUCUGGAGACUCUGCAGAUGACAAGGACAGCAUGGAAACAGAUGAUGCCUGCCGGGGUAAACACAAGGACCAGCGAGAUGGGGUGUGUGUUCUAGGGCUGCAUCUGGCAAAGGAACUCUGUGAAGUAGACGAAGAUGGAGAUUACUGGCUGCAGGUUACUAGGAAGGUCCCUAUGCUGCCUACUAUCUUCACUGCCCUAGAGAUCAGCCUGAGAGUUAAACAAAAUCUUCACUUCACAGAAGCCUCAUUGCACCUACUGCUGACCUUAGCCAGGACGCAACAGGGUGCAGCAGCUGUGGCUAGUGCUGGUGUCACACAGAGCAUCUGUUUGUCCCUCUUGAGUGUAUACCAGCUCAGCACUAAUGGAACAAUUCAGACACCUGCUUCAUCUCGGAAGUCUCUGGAUGCCCCAUCCUGGCCUGGGGUCUAUCGUCUCUCCAUAUCAUUGAUGGAGCGCCUUCUUAAGACACUAAGGUACAACUUCCUGACAGAGGCACUGGACUUUGUGGGUGUCCAUCAGGAGAGGAUUCUUCAGUGCCUGAAUGCAGUACGGACAGUGCAGAGCCUGGCCUGUCUGGAAGAAGCUGACCACACUGUUGGCUUCAUUCUUCAACUCUCCAACUUUAUGAAAGAGUGGCAUUUCCACCUUCCCCAGCUCUUGAGGGACAUACAGGUGAACUUGUGUUACCUCUGCCAGGCUUGUACCUCCCUCCUGCAUAGCCGCAAAAUGCUUCAGCACUAUCUGCAGACGAAAAAUGGUGACUCCCUCCCAUCAGCUGUGACACCUCGAGUGCAACGCACCCCCCAGACCUCCUCCAAGCAUCCAAGCCCUGAGUCAGAGGCAGCCGAGCAGAAGGCACUGCGUACAGUGCAGUAUGGUCUCUUGAAAAUCCUCAGCAAAUCUCUAGCUGCCCUACGGCACUUCACCCCCGACGUCUGCCAGAUCCUCCUUGAUCAGUCGCUGGACCUGGCUGAGUACAACCUUCUCUUUGUUCUGAGUUUUACAACACCUGCCUUCGAUUCAGAUGUCGCUCCCUCCUUUGGGACGCUCUUGGCCACUGUCAACGUGGCCCUUAACAUGUUGGGAGAGCUGGAUAAGAAGAAAGAGCCCUUCGCUCAAGCUGCAGGGCUGAAUACACAAGAGGAGACUAAAACUCUUAAGUCUUUGCUCAUGUUUACAAUGGAAAACUGUUUCUACCUGCUCAUCUCCCAGGCUGUUCGGUAUCUGAGGGACCCAGCGGUGCAUCCACGAGACAAGCAGCGGAUGAAGCAGGAACUCAGCUCUGAGCUGAGUACACUGCUCUCAAGCCUGUCUCGUUACUUUCGCCGGGGCGGCCCCUCUUCUCCAGCCAGUGGGGUUCUUCCCUCCUCCCAGGGAAAGUCUGCCUCCAAGAUUGGCCCUGAGGGGCAGGAGCCUUUGGUCCAGCUGGUACAAGCUUUUGUCAGACAUGUGCAGAGAUAGGUUGUGUGCUAUUGCUGCUAUUUCAGGAUUGCACCAGAACUAUUCAUUUCCACCUCAGAAGGCAUCCUGCUCGGUUGGGCUCAUAACUGAGUUAUAACAUCUGCUGGGGAGAUAGAUCCUGUUGAAUGCUUGCACCUGAGUUGGAGAGUCAACAUAAGAAGGUCCAAGAACGCUGCCCAGUCCAUGCAUGCUCCUUGCCUGCUAGAGCGAUCUGGCUGGGUUUAAGUGUUGAUCAGUCAAAAUCUUUAUUUUUAUAGCUUGUACGCAGCAGUUGGGGGGGGGGGGGAGAGGAGGCAGGUUUUUAACUAUUUUCCUUUGGGCAUUAACUCUGCUCUUAAUGCAAGGUGCAAUCUUCCUCUCCCCAUCAGUAAGUCUGGUGAGGCACAGGCUAGUGAACAGCCAGCAAUUCAGAGACCAGCUUUCUAUUGCUAUUUUUGUAUCAAAGGGGUGCCAGUCACUGCUGCUGGGUUGGCAGAGCAAGGUAAAAUGGUUUGUGUGCACCUGUGUCCCUCCUGCUGUUGAUUUGUGUGAUAUGUACAUUUUUGAGGACUAGAAGGCAGCCUUCUUCAAAAGGUUUUUAAGUCAAAAUUCCAUUGCUCAGAUCUUGCAUUUUUUGUAACUGUGCCCUAUUUAUACUGAUAUUAAAACAUUUAUAAACAGCAGUUGGACUUGGGGGGCUUCCCUGCAGUAGACUAGUGCUGUCUGUUGACUUAAGACUCUCACCAUGGCGUAUGCAGCGUAGGCGUGUCAGGAUAGCAGAGUUGCUCAGUGGCUGAGGUAAUAUUUUUACUGGACAAUGUCCAACCUUGCCUCUUUCACUAGCAGAGCCCUGAAGAGCACCUGUAUAAGCUUGCCUCUCUCCCACAGGUCGGUCACACAAAAGAUUACCUCACCCACCUACACUUUCACAAGGCAGGUCAGAUACCUGUAGCAUAAGUGCUAGCUCACACCAUAGGUUGUUAGGAAGUAGAGAAAAUCCUUGUGUGUGAAGCUACUGCUGUGUACUGUAUGCUUUUCAUCUUAUCACCCCUUAAUUUAAGUCCAGGCUGCUGCAGAAAGGUGUGGGGACUGAGCAGGAAUCUAGUUUUAUCAGCACCUUUUAAAAGACAACUUCUCCCUUCAACUGCUCUGGGGAAGUAGUGACAGGAAGCUGCUCCUUCAGCUGUGUGUACACUGCUGUCAGGAAAUGUAAUUACAGCAUGUGUAGAGAUACCCCAGUUGCUUGAGUAACAGCAGUGAAGCUACAGCAGCAUGGACUAGUCCUGUCAGUCUAGAAUGCUGGCUAGACUGUCCUGCAAUUACAGCUUCUACUUGCAGUGCUUGCUGAUGGAUGUUCUGGUCAACAUUAAGUGAGAAACCCAAUACAAAUGGUUAACUGUUGUCUUGUUCUUCAAGCUUAGUUGAGGAUUGAUUCUGGGCUUAAUAUUUGCAGCCAUGAAUGGUGUAGCUUAUAGCUAAGGCUACAUAUGUGCCAUGGCACUUUUAGUAAAAGUCAUGGACAGGGCCAUGGCAAAAUUUCACAGCCCAUGGCCUGUACUAUAUACCUGACAGGCUUGGGUAUGGGGGGUGGUGUGUGGCUCAAGACCCCCUUGAGAGCUGGGGAGGAAGGAGAGUGGGCAGCAGUGGCCUGAGACUGUCCCAGCAGAAGUCAGGCCAAUGAAGUUUAACAGGAUUCAUUUCAGUCUAGCUAUAAUGAGGGCUAUUACUAGACAAAGCAGCUUGCUCCAUUGAACUGCAUGUAGAGAGGGAGCUUCUUGUGGUGGUUUCAUGGCCCUGGAGCAGCAGCAGGCUCACUCUGCUUGUCUCUGAAUUAUUCAAUGAGGGAUGAUAGUUUGAGGGUGUCAAGUUAAGCAAAUAGGGGAAUGAGAUGAAGGCUUAGGAAGCUAUAGAGCAGGAUACACUAUAACAGUCCACUAGAAAGUUUUAUUCAACUAACAAACACUAAUUCAGUAUUAUCUAACUUUCAGUAGUUCCCUAUUGUGUGUGUAUUGUAUGGCUUUAAGUCUGGCUUACUGCUGAGGAAUAGGCCAGGGUGGGAAGUUAGCACCUGUGUCCAUGGCAAUUACAGGGAUCCUUAAAGCCUAAGAGCAGCUUGGGUUUGUAUUUGUUAAAUGGACAAGUAGCAGGGUAUUCUUGGAACUUCCCCAGUGUGGGUCAGGAACAAAUGUUAGGAUAAGUCUGCAACAACUACAGAGCUUAUACUGGCACUAAAAGGACUAGUCAAGCCCAGAACAGUGAGAUUGGAAAUGUUACCAGACCAGAGUGUGGCUGCUGUAUUCCUUAUAAACUACACCUGUGGUCUGGGCUAGGGAAGCAGCUGUUCCUUCUUAAUUCAAGUUGCCUGCCUAGUUCACUUCUAUACCAGACUAUGCCUUCUCCAAACCCCACACUUCAAAAGCAGCAUGCAGAACUGAAUGCUGAUAAGGUCAUAGGCUACUUCCACAAGCAGAUGUUAAAACAGCACUAGCACCUGAGGAAAGCCCCACACUGAACUUUAGUUUAAGCUAAUAGGGUGAGAGAAAAAGGAGACAUGUCAGAGGAUUCAGAAUUUUUAAGCUUAGACUGAGUAACAGUAUUGCACAGCUCUUACAGUACCCCACUUUGUACUGUUCGCUGCUAGCUGGAAAGUGAAGUGGUAUGGAACCCACACAAGAUACUGAGACAGGAGGGCAGACUAGUUGUUUAUUGGCAAAUAAAUGCUAAAAACCAAUAGGUGCCCUAUUACAUUAGGAUGGUCAGAAAGCAGAGUACAAGAGAUCAGUGGAUAAACAAGCAAGUCAGUGUCUGUCUAGACACCAGGGAGGGGUAGUGAACAAAGAUCUUGGUGCAGUUGAAUGCUUCUACAUGGUUUGAGCUGCUAAAGCAAUUUCAUUUUGCCACCUAAAUCCCUUAGCUGUUGAGCACAUCACCUCUUAAGGAGAGCUUCAGACCAAGGUGUCCACUACUUCAUCCAUUCACCUCCUCAGUAUUUGUGACUGUUUAAGUUACAAGGGCACGUGGGACAGCAAAAUGAAAGGAGGGAUGAGAAAGAAGAACCAAAUAAUGGCUGCUUGGCCUAUGUAGUAGUAAGAGGCUCAUUGUGAAUAUACAAAGUGUAAGAGGACCCAUGCCACAUGCUGUGCUAGAAUGCACCAAGUCUGUUCACUACCAGCUGGAUGGGACAAGACAGCAUUUAAAUUAAUCUGAUUGUUAAAAAAGACUAGCAGAAUAAACCCCACCCCCUCCCCACAAAAAAACACC